AUGCCCAGUAUGGUAGGCCCACCUCCAGACGUACCACCCAAAGAACCCCCCUACACCGCCAUCCUCCCAGCCAAACCCUUCCACUCCCGCCUCCACUCCCCCUCCUCCCGCAAAACCAUCUACGACCGCAACCUCAACCGCACCCAAACCACCCCGACCUCCCUCCCCUCCUUCGCCUACCUCUUCAACACCCUAAUAACCUACCACCACUCCAAAUCCGGCUCCGUCAGCGAGAUCGAGACCCGCCUAAAUCGCGCCGGAUACCCCAUAGGCAUCAAACUCCUAGAUCUGUUGUUAUAUCGCCAAGCACGCGCCGCGGUUCGUCCGACCAGGAUUAUCGACUUGUUGCAAUUCGUUCAUACGACGCUAUGGCGGGCGCUGUUCGGGAGGGCGGCGGAUGCGCUGGAGCAGGGGGUUAGUAAUAAGAAUGAGUAUAUGAUUUUCGAUAAUGAGCCCGUGGUUAAUACUUAUCUCUCCGUGCCGAAGGAGAUGUCGCAGCUUAAUUGCGCGGCGUUUGUGGCGGGAAUACUGGAGGGGGUGUGUGAUGCGGCGGGGUUUGGGAUGGAGGGGGUUACGGCGCAUUGGGCUAGUGCUUCGGGUGGGACAGGUGGUGCCGAGGGAGAGGGAAAUAAGGAGGAGGAGAUGUGGCCGGGUAAGACGAUCUUUUUGCUGAGAUUUGGCGAGGUGGCUAUGAGGCGGGAGGAGGCUUUUAAGGCUGGCGGGGGGUGA